AUUUCAGCACUGGAACAAACAGGAAAAGGAGUGGUCAUGUGACGUAGGGAUUGUUUUUCAAAAUAGCUUUGCUAGCUGAAGUAUCUUAUAUACUACGUUAUUAUCAUUCACUUUUAUAACGCAGCAUAAUUUAAAUAAAUGUGAAUAUUAAACUUCUAGCAGAGUUAUGAAUGGGAGUACAAAUCCGCUCUUGGACAAAGAAGAACAUGUUUUGAAGCUCGGAGAGAGCUUUGAGAAGAGGCCAAAAUCAUCAUUUCACACCAUCAGAUAUGAUUUCAAACCAGCUUCAAUUGACACAAGCUGCGAGGGAGAGUUGCAAGUCGGUAAAGGAGAGGAAGUCACCAUCACAUUACCUCACAUUCCAGGCUCUACACCACCCAUGACAGUAUUCAAAGGGAAUAAGCGGCCAUAUCAGAAAGACUGUGUUCUUAUCAUCAAUCAUGACACUGGGGAGUACAUGCUGGAGAAGUUGAGCAGCAGUAUCCAGGUCAAGAAAACCAGAGCGGAGGGCAGCAGUAAGAUCCAGGCCAGGAUUGAGCAACAGUCGGUGCGUGCCACUGCCACCCAGCCUCCAGCGCAGUUCCGUGCCCCCACUAAGCCUGGUGCAGGGUCCAAGACCUCCCCCUCCCCUUCCAAGGACAACCCCUCCCCUGAGCCCCAGCUAGAUGACAUCAAGAGAGAGCUGCGAGCGGAGGUGGAUGUUAUUGAACAAAUGAGCAGCAGUAGCGGCAGCAGCUCAUCUGACUCUGCCAGUGGCUCUGGUAGUGGGGACGACAGCUCCAGCAGUGAUGGGGAGCAUGACGCCCCUCAUCCCCAACCUGUCCCACUCCCUCUCAUCCAGCCCUCCCCCACCCCCGUGGUCAACGGAGGAGCAGACAGGCAACAGGGCAGCAACCAGCUGAUGAACACGCUCAGGAAUGACCUCCAGUUGAGCGAGUCAGGCAGCGACAGUGGUGACGACUGAACUGCCCCCAGUCUCUCUCCUGCCCUCUCUUUCUACCUCUCAUUAUUACACCAUCUUGCUUUCCUCUUUCUUCUCUUUGCCUGGUUCCGUUGUUUCGUUGCUGUGGUAACCGACCCAACUGUAAAGUCUGGUUUUAUUGUAUUUUUUAAUGUCUCUGUGAAGCCGGCGAACCUGGAGAUUUAAUAGUGUAUUUUUGAUUGGCUGUAUAUUUUGUUUUGUAUUUUUAAAUACGUUUACAUAUGAAAACAUGCUAAAGAAUAUAUAUUAGAAUGCAUGUACAUAUUUUCUGUAGUUAGAGCUCCUAGUUGUAUCAACUUGUAGCACAAGUCUUUGUUGUUUUCUUGUUUCAUCACAGGGGAUGAAUAUCACCCCCAUCUUCCCUAUUUAUCUGGACAUCAAAAGAAGGCACUGAAAGCAUUUCACCCAUUCCAUGUUUUUAUCAGUAUCAUGACACUUUCAAAAAUCAGUCUUUGAAGAGGCCAGGGUACAGCUCACAUCCAUCUAAGCUACAGAUGAUACAAAAGGACAUACUCAUAUUUUUUAUGUAAAAUCAGUUUCUAAAGUUUCAAUUGACCACUUAAAGGUUUUAGUUGGAAUAUUGACCUGUUCUGGUGAACAGGUAAAUAUCAGUAACAUGUAAAUGAGCCGGGGUCAAUCCUUUACAUGUCAAAGUACUUUAGUUUAAUUGUAAUAUCAACACUUUCAGCAGUUUCCACCUAAAAUAUUUUGCAUUGCUUUUAACAGCACCUUUCUGAUCUUUAAAUGCAACUAACACCCAGUACUUCGAGUUCACCCUUUAUAGCUAAUAUUCUACUAUUUCCACAUCAAUCAUUUGACUUUCUGAUUCUGUCUCACUCAAUAGCUAGGUAUCCAUCCUAUUGGUGACAGAUUUUCAUGCGAAUAUUCUAAAAUCCGCAUUAAAACAAUAUGUGCACAUUCCCACCAGAGAUGUUUCCAUCACAUUGACUUGUUGCGGAUAACAGUCUGUGCGUGAUGACGUAGUGCACAUAAAAACAACUUUUGCGAUUUAAUUACCAUUAAAUACAAGUUAAAUGGGUUUCCGUCGCAUUUGCUGUUUUUUAAAGAAAAAAUGUUGCGUUAUAUUGCGAAUCUCUGGUCUUUGCACAUGCGCUACCAACAGUUUGCAGGUAGGCUAGUCUACAUGAUGCGAUUAUUACGGAUAAGAGCGUGAUUAUUUGUAUUUGUCAAACGGCAGCCAAGCAUCGAUCAUCAUGUCACCAGAAUAUCAUCAUGCCACCAAUAUUUAUUGGAAAGGCUCAUCACCGUGCACUUUCACCACCCUGUGAAGUUUAUCAUUUAUUUCAUAUAGCCUAAUAAACUGCAAGCUUUCCUGAGUCGUAGUGGGAGGACCACACAAUAUCACAUGACUCCAAAUGUACUUCUAUAUGACAGUUAUUACAUCAAUAUUUGCACAUAAAUGCGUUUCCACCGAUAUUUCUCACAUAAUUCAUUUUACAGACAGAAAAAGAUCCCACCUUGUCUAGCGUAUUUAGUUUUGUCGAAAUUUGGAAAGUUUACCGACAAAAUGUGCUGUCCAUCAGGCCUGUCGUGGCAUUUUUUAAAUCUGACUUUACUCGCAUAAAAAGGUUGAAUGGAAACCUGGUUACUGGCCCAAUCAUAUAUCACUGUCCAAAGUUCCCAACCAUAUAUCACUGGGCUAGUUUCAGACCUGUGUAGACAUUUUUAGAAGUACCAAAGAAGCAAAACAAGUAGUUUUUAGAAUACAGACGCUGAACACCUAUUUUUACUUAGAUAUAAAUCUAUUUUCAUUAGACUGAGUUACUCAUAACAUGUAAAAGCUGCUAUACAUUGACCACUUGUUUUUUCAUUAGUUCCAUAGAUUCAACAGAUUUGGAGUGAUAGCAGUCACAUUGGAUCACAUCUUUUAAUUUAGCAACUGUUGUGACAGUGAUCAAUAGCGUGCUAGAAUCUGCGCAGAUUAUUAUAGCAAUUGUGAAGAUCACCACAAACCUGCGGUGUUUGCAUGCUAUCUUGGAACAUGCACAAUUUCUAUUGUUACAGAAGAUAUUUAUGGUUACUGUAGGCUAACCUCAAAAUUUGGCCAUGGAUGUGUGUUACUCAUUUUAAGGUUGAAUAAAUACCUUUACAUUAGUUUGUAAAAUAGCCUUAACUGUAUGCUAUUUACUGUAUUCCAAAAGUAAAUCAAAUUUCAACAUUUUAAAGUAUCUAAUGCUUGGAUGGUUUCAUCUGAGCCACUGGCUUAAUCCUAUUCUUUAACUUUUAUUUUUGGUUUAGUUGGAGACGUGAAUCCAACAUAUAAUUUGUCGUCAAAUUAAUAGGCUAUUUACUGUAUUGCAAAAAUGAUAUUGAAUUGUAUUUGGUUGUCAACACAACUAAAUAUCAACAUUUGAAGGAGAUGUAUCUUUUUUGCCACUGACUUAAUAUGGCUUUCAUUCCAGUUUGUCUACAUGAAUUUAUAUCAACCAAGAAUCAAAAUGAAAGAAUAUGACUAAAUCAAAGUUGAAGUGCAUUUAAAGUUAGAUGUGAUUAAGUCCUAUUCUUUAACUUAGAUUUUUGGUUGAGAUGGAGACAUGAAUUCAACAUAUCAAUUAUUCAUUUGUAGACGAACUGGAAUUAAAAGCCAGACUAAGUCAGUGGCACAGAUGCAACUAUCCAAUCAGAAGAUACAUCUCCUUCAAUUGUUGAUAUUUGGUGACAAAUAUCAAAGCUAAGCAGGAAUGGGCUUGGUUAAAACCCUGGAUGGGAGACCAAAUGAAUAACUGUAUAUAGAUCAUCUCUCCGACAGAAGGUGCUGCUGAGCCUAUUGUUUUUUUUUCUGAUAGUGGAUAUGUCGUUGAAGAUCUGACGUUGUUUCAAAGGUACAAAUUCAACAUAUUUUACACAAGGGUUGUCUUUGUUGAAAAGGGGUUACAACGAUGACAUAAUCCUGUGGUUGACAUUUCACCCUCAAAACAAUAGUUUUUUCAAAUCCAAUAUAUUUUCCACAUAGAUUCCAUGUUACAAUACAUUGACAAAUUUACGUUGAAACAACAUUGAUUCAACCAGUUUGUGCCCAGUUCGGAUGUGUGUUCAUAAGGUGCUUAAAUGGUAUUUAACUGGUGCUGUUGUGUGUCUGGGACAUGGGUAUACAGCGAUGGGUAUACAAAUGUAAUAUGUUUUGUUUUCACAGCAGUUUGGAUCCAUGAACUUGGAUGGCUAACGCUAUUUCCAAUUUGUGUCUCUCUGGCAUCCAGUGUUAUUUCUGACCCAUACAGUUACUGUCCCAGUACAACCUCUCUUGCCACAUUUAUCAAAGUGGUUGACUUCUAUCUCUAGUUUUAUGUGCUUUGAGGUUUAUUAAAGUGUGCACAUGUAUUUAAAUUGUAAUUAACCUUUUAUCAGUCAACCAAAAUAAAGGAAGAAAACAGUCA